AUGAGAGAGGCCAUUCCCCAGGCAAAGGCGGCGCUGUCGCUGACAGCUGCUGAGGCGGGGGCCCUUGAGGAGCGCCUCGACCUGCAGGGGCAGCAUAAGCAGUUUGCCUUCUGUGCAGGGACAUCGCUGCUGGCAGCAGAAAAUGAAGGGGCUGUCGGCCUGGGCUGCUGCAAGCUGCCGAACGCCGCCCCCGUCGCCCUCGCAGUGCGCACAGGCUUCUCCACCACGGAGUUCCUGCAGCCAUCUGCUGAGCAGCUGCAGCAGGAGCUGCAGCGGCUGCAGCAGCUGCAGCAGCAGCAACCGAGACGCAAACCCUCAACGUGGCGGCUGCUGCUCUCUCUCUCACAUAUCAUCACUUCUGUUGUGCCCCCCGAGUUCCCUAUGCUGCUCUCUCUUACACUCACUGUCGGCGUUCUCCAUCUAGCCAAGACAGGCAUCUGCUGUACAGACACCCUCAAGCUUGCUGCAGCGGGCGGAGUGCGUGUCGCUGCGUUUGAUAAGACAGGGACCCUCACCUACCACAAGUACAACCUCCUGGGCGUCUUCGGGCUCGGCAGCAAACCUGAAGACCUCGACAAGAUACAGCAGCAGCAGCAGCAGCAACAGCAACAGCAGCAGCAGCAGCAGCAGCAGCACGCCCAGAACCAACCGCCAGAUCCGGAUCCCAGCUGUAGGCCCUCGCUGCUGCACCACCAGGUAUGCUUCACCUACAGCAGCAGCAAAUGGCAGCAGCAACAGCAGCUGUGGCUUUGGCCGCAAUUUCCUAUUGAAGCUUCGAAGCUUAGGGUGCUUGCUGCAGCAGGCGGAGUGCGUGUCGCUGCGUUUGAUAAGACAGGGACCCUCACCUACCACAAGUACAACCUCCUGGGGGUCUUCGGGCUCGGCAGCAAACCUGAAGACCUCGACAAGAUACAGCAGCAGCAGCAGCAGCAACAGCAGCAGCAGCAGCAGCAGCAGCAGCACGCCCAGAACCAACCGCCAGAUCCGGAUUCCAGCUGUAGGCCCUCGCUGCUGCACCACCAGGAGUUGCCGCUGCUGACGGCUCUGGCUGUGGGCUCUUGUCACUGCCUGCGGCCAGACAGCAGCGGGGUGCCUGUGGGCGACCCCCUCGAGCUGGAGGCCUUCAGAGCCUUCGGCUGGAAACUCCCUGCGCAGCGAUCUGCUGUUCUGCGCAGUGAGGGGGGAGAAGCUGCUGCGCAGCUGUCUCUGCUGCUUUGUUUUCCCUUUACCUCAAGUCUGCAGCGGACGACAUCAGUGGCAGAGUACACCGUAUCAACGGACGCCUUGUGCGGAUCCCAGCAGCAGCAGCAGCAGCAGCAGCAGCAGCAGCAGCAAGGGGGAGAAGCUGCUGCGCAGCUGUCUCUGCUGCUUUGUUUUCCCUUUACCUCAAGUCUGCAGCGGACAACAUCAGUGGCAGAGUACACCGUAUCAACGGACGCCUUGUGCGGACCCCAGCAGCAGCAGCAGCAGCAGCAGCAGGAGCUGCGUCAGCUGCUGCAGCGGAAACCGAAAGGGUUUAUUGUUGCUGUCAAAGGGGCCCCAGAACGCAUAAAGCAGUUCCUCAGCAGUGUCCCCCCCUUCUAUGACUCUAUGGCAGAUGCGCUCACUGGCAGAGUCCGUCGUGCUGCUGCUGUUGCUGCUGCUGCUGCUGCUGUUGCUGCUGCUGCUAGUGCUGCAACUCAUGCUGCUGCUGCCUGUGCUGCUGCUCAUGUGGCUGCUGCUGCACUAGGCGACCGACUGUAG